AUGUCUCGCCUACGACUCCCUACAGCUCUAAGUGGCAAUUCGCUACUAGUUUCUAGCUUUGUUUUAUUAGUUUCGAUUUUCUUAUGGCCACGCCUGCGGCCUACCAGAUCAUUCUUGGAACAGCAGCAGCAUACCUUUUCAGCUCGUAUUCUAUCAUAUGACCCUCUGAUGAUACAUCUAGAGAAUUUUAUCUCAAAAGCGGAGAGAGAACAUCUCCUAAGCCUCGGUCAAUCUUCUUUCCAAGCAUCAAGCGUCACUAAUUGGAACGGCACAAAUGUGAUCUCGGAGGACCGGACAAGCUCGAGCGCCUACCUUCCAGACGGCGAUCCCAUUGUGGAACGCAUUAUAUCUCGUGCUUCUGAAUUUCAGGGCUACACGGGCCGAGGGGAUCAUGAGGGGCUUCAGCUGACUCGGUACCACGCGGGUCAGAAAUUCGAGCCCCACUGGGAUCACGAUCAAAACGCGACGGAUGAUAAGUCACGGCAAAGGCUGACCACAAUCUUUGCCGUCUUGGAAGCAACUUGUGCGGAUUGUGGGACUAGAUUCCCGAGCUUGAGUGUUGACUGGGAAAAAGAGGAUCGUAGGUGGUGCCAAUUCGUCGACUGUGAGGACAAAGAAGGUAUCACUGUGAGGGCAAUACCCGGGAACGCUUUGUUUUGGAAAAACCUCAACAGCACCAAUCGCGGGGACGCGAGAACCCUUCAUGCAGGGUUACCUCCAGAGACUGGUGUAAAGACUGGCCUCAAUAUCUGGACACUUGGCUAA